AUGAUUAAAUUCGCAUUAAUUUUGGUGUCUUCUUUGGUCGUUCGCGGUAACGGCAAGGAAUUGAACUCAUGUGGUGAAUCUUUGGAGUGUUUAGACGAGCAAUUAAAACUCUCUGUAAACGAAUUGGAACUUCCAAGUUACGGCGAAUGGAUAAGUGUUCAUAAAAUUGCGAGAACCAGUAGAAAAAUUAACGAGGAUGAGGAUUUCGUAGGAAGAUGCGUCAGGUUUUUGAUGGAACACGAGUUGAGAAUUCGAGUGCCUGAAAGACAGGAAAGGAGUUUGGAAUCGGAAAGUCGUUCGAAAAGGCUACGAAAAUUAAUCCUGCCUAUUAUCCUCCUGUUGAAAUUGAAGGCGGCGAUUGUGAUUCCGGUAGUUUUAACAAUCAUAUCCUUCCUGGCCUUCACCGGAUUCAAGAGCGGUCUGGCCGCCCUCGCCAUCUCCGGAGCGGUCGCAUUGAAGAAUCUCUUGGAGCAUUCUCAUCACGGCCAUUCGAAAAUCUCCUACGAAAUACUUCCAUCGCUCGGCUCCGGCUGGAGCAGGACCUCUCAAGACGAAGGGCUCGCUCUGCCUGGAUACCAACCUAUACCAUAGUUAGAGAAAUGAUUAAUCAAAAACCCAAUUUG